GGCAGCAAGUCAAGCACUUCAAACAUUCACUGAAUACAUUAUUUUUUAAUUUGGCAGUUGUUUUUUUUUUUAAAUAGGGUAGACCAAAACCUAUACAAAGCUCUAAUGUGCAGCAUAUACUGCAAUUCAAUUUAAUUUAUUAGAUUUCAUUACAAGCAUUUUAAACGCAGAGGUAACAAGUCAAGCACUUAAACGCUAGCUUUUAAACAGUUCAAUUACACUUAAUACGCAACACAAUAAAGCCAGUAAUCAGACAAAAAAAAUUACCAGCUACGAUUGAUCACAAUGAUAAUACGGACAAAAGGUAUAAUGUUUUAUGAGCGACACUUGUAAAUGCAAAACAGAAAAACAGAUAUAAAUAUGAACCAACUCAUGAAAUAUGGAUGGGAAAAGAUCAAUCCCCUCCCAUGUCUAUGACAUCAAGUUCACAAUAUAUGUUUGAACAUUUAAUGAUCACUUAACAAACAUGUGGGACUGUUAAAGAGGAUGAUUAAUUCCAAUGUGCACGCACCUCAGCCUGGCUCCAGAACCACAGAGUCUAUGAUAUCAACACAGCACCAAUAAAUCAAAGCACUAAGGGGAUCCAGGAACCGUGUAGCAAUGAUGAUGGAAAAUGUGUCCUCGCCUUUCACGCUGGAGCGCGAGCCAACUCUAAUGCCCAACGAGUUUCGUGAGCGCAUGUCCGCAAAGCAUAGAAGUCGGAAAUCCAGUGCGGCAAAGUCUUCAUCAACUAGAAAUCGGCAUGCUAUGAUUAAACAGCCAACAGGAACUUUAAGAUAUUCAACAGAGGCAUCUAAUUUGUCCUCUUACCAGCAAAAUAAUGACACAAAUAGCAUCAGAAGUGCAAAACGAGAGAAAAGCAUGAAUAGUGUUAGUUCCAAUGAGAAAAUGUUCAGCGCACGACAAGAAUAUGACAAAGUUAUGAUGAUAAGAAAUGAAGCACUAAAGAAAACACAAGAAGAAUUCAUGGAUAAUGUGGAUAAUUUACAUGAUAAUGGAGAAGAUAAUUUGAACGAACACACUGAAAACAAUGAUGAAGAAAAUGAGCUGCCUAGAAACAGAACAUAUACACUAGAAAAUGGAGAACUCCAGGAUAUUUUAGACAAUAUGAGGCAAGGUGACACCAGCUUGUGUGAACAUGGCCGACAAAGUGGAUCAAGUAGCAGAAACACGUAUAUAAUGGACAGAAAGAUGAGUUGGCAGAAUGAUGUUCAUAACAAUGAUGAUAAUAAUGGUGAGUUAGCGAGUACCUCUAGUCAUAUAGAACUGAAUGGCGAUGUCAAGUUCAUGUUUGAUAGUGUGUAUUACAACCAAGAACCUGAGGGAGGUUUUUCUAUCAAAACUCCGCCCCAAAAUAUGCAAAUGAAGGACAUUAUGAGCUCUCUCGAUGACUGGGGAAAGGAAAAGGAUGUAAUCCGAGAAAAGAAAUAUGCAGUCUUGCCUUCCAUUCAUAAAAGUAGUUCAUCGGGAACUUACAGAAACAAUUCCCCUACAAGUGUUGGUGGUCUGUCUUCAACUGUCUCUGUGAACAAUCAAUUGGACUUCUCCCGUGAUAGAAUGGAAGAUGACGCCGAUUUCUUUGCAGAUUUUAGAGUGAAUACAAGCAAUAUAAAACCUACUCCGAGACAGGAUCCCCUCCCCCCUAUACAAAACAACACUACUGACGCUAUGACUUCAAUGUCCCAUAAACAUGGUCAUAAGAAAAGACAUCGAGAAAAAUCUAUGGUCCAUUAAUGGUAUAUGUUGUUUUCUUGGGGCCAUAGUGCAGACUGGAUGUAACACUGGUUACUGGGUGUUCUGGUCCAUUGAAGUGUACCAUUGAAUAGCUUUGUCAACUGAGAGCCCUGUUAAUCGUUCAUCCCGUUACUUUUAAUUUGUUAGUGCUGAGGUGGUACAUCGAACCUGCCACCUCUGGAUUCACAGUCUGGUGUGAUACCACUAGAGCACGAAUCCAACACUAAAAUUUUGAAGCUAUUUUUUUUUACUGUACUAUUUAUAUAAUUGUUUAUUGUUAUCAUGGGACAUUUUGCAAAGUGCUUAAUUAUUUUGUUUAUCUUUCAUUUAGGUAUUGUUAUUUUGUUUUAUGAAACUGACUUAUUCUUCUGCACAGAUUCAGAAAAAUAAAAUGAAAACAAUGAUCUCUA